AUGUCGGCAGCAGCUACAGACGCUCCUGCCGUAGCGACGGGCGACAAGGAUGCAACAGCAGACGAGAUCGCUGCUGCACCCGAGGCAGUCCAGAUGACCGACGAAGAAGAGCUUGGUGCCGCCUCUGAUAAGGACCAAAGCGAUUCGGGCAAGCUCAGGACGCUCAUGGGUAUCCUUAAACGUAUGGUCGGAGUCAAAGAUAUCGCUGCUAUCCGCAUCUCGCUUCCCGCCAACCUUUUGGAACCCGUGCCAAACCUCGAAUACUGGAACUACCUCGAUCGCGGCGAUUUUUUCACACUCGUCGCCGACCUCGAUGACCCGCUCGAUCGUAUGCUCGCCGUGCUCCGCUUCACCUUCACCAAGGAGCUCAAGUACGUAAAGGGCAAAGUAUGCAAGCCCUACAACUCGAUCCUCGGAGAGCACUUCCGCUGCCACUGGGACUUUGAGCCAGUCAAGUUGGCAGACUCGCACAUCCUCCCCGUACAGGCGCUCUCCACCGACACUCCCGAACCGCUUCCACUCGUAGCUACUCAGGCUCGCACUCCCACCCUGUCAGCCAAGAAGGGCAGCGCACCUCCGUCGCCUCUCGUCCAGGCCCAAGACAACAACAGCAAGUCGUCGCGCCCUGCCUCGAUCAAAGGCGUAAGCUCUGAGAGCUCCAACCCGACGGGCACCGCAAAGAAAGGUCUCUCAAAGCUGCUUGGUCGCAAGAAGAGCACCACCAAAGACGCUUCCGAGACGCACACUUCGGCGGCGUCCACUGCAUCCACAGCGGCCAGCGACGAGCUCGAAGGCAACGACAACGUCUCAGCUUCAACCAACACACAGCGCGCCGGAAAACAGCGUCUCUGCUUCCUGACCGAGCAGGUUAGUCACCAUCCGCCCGUCUCCUCCUUCUUCUGCGAGGCCAAAGAUGCAGGCGUGCAACUGUACGGCGUCGACCAGCUUGGUGCCAAGUUUACCGGUACCAGCGUCAAAGUCUUUCCCGGCGAGCAGAACCAGGGCAUCUUUCUUCGCCUCACUGACAACGCAAAGUGCGGUGCUGCGGGUGAAGAGUACCAGAUCACCCACCCCACUGCAUCCAUCAACGGCCUCUUGCGAGGCAGCCUGUGGGUGGCCAUCUGCGACAACCUCUUCGUCACAUGUCGAGGUGGCAAAAGGGACAAGGGUGAGGGAGACGACGGGACACGAUUGCGCGCCAUCGUCGAGUACAAGGACGAGAGCUGGAUCUCCAAGGCCAAGUAUGCGCUAGAAGGUGUCAUUUACGAGUACGAACCCAACGACGACCCAGAAGAGUACACGAGCGCCAAGCAGGUGCCAUCGGACAAGGUUUUGGCGACCUUUGAAGGAUGCUGGAAAGGCAAGAUCACAUACAAGAAGAAAGGAGACAAGGACGCACGCCUGCUGCUCAACGUCAACGAUGUCGAUCCCAUCUCCAAGUCGGUACGGCCGCUGUCGGCACAGGACGAAAUGGAGAGUCGGAGGAUCUGGGAUCCCGUCACGCAGGCCAUCUUGUCCAAGAAGUUCAGCGAAGCCACCAAGCAAAAGCAGGACAUUGAGCAGAAGCAACGCAACACGGCUGCCGAACGCAAGAGGCAAGGCGAAACUUUCACGCCUCGCUUCUUUGAUGCCGACAUCUCGGAUGGGCGGCCCAAACUCACAGAAGAAGGCAGGAAGGCGCUGGACGGAGAGCACGAGUUGGUCGGCUACGAUGCAUCGUCAGUAGGCAAGGACGAUGCCGCUGCUGCUCAGGACGAUGACGAAGACGACUUCCAAGACGCCGAGAAUUGA